AUGUGGCGAGUUCUACUCCUACUUGGUGUUGUCACAGCAGAUGCACCGUCCGCGUCUCCAACGGCUGCUGAAGCAUUGGCGCAAAAUAUAGACGGCACGUCAGUCCAUGAAUUCCGUGGAUACUACAAACGGGAACAUUCUUUGACACGACCGUACCAAGGAGCUGGAAUGGAAAUCCCCUUCUGGAACAUUCAAGGAAGCGCCAUGGUCAGUAGUCAACAGAUUCGGUUAACAACAGAUGAGCAAAGCCGUCAGGGUGCUAUCUGGAACAUGCAGCAAGUAUGGUCUCGAGACUGGGAAUUGCAAAUUUCAUUCAAAGUCAGUGGUUCUACAGGCGACCUGUUCGGUGAUGGAAUGGCAAUUUGGUAUGUAUCAGAACCAAAUCAGAUGGGCCCAGUAUUCGGGGGAAAAGAUUACUUCCGUGGUUUAGGUGUUUUCUUAGACACCUACAGUAACCACAAUGGUCCACACUCACACAGUCAUCCCUAUAUAUCAGCUAUGGUUUCGGACGGUACUUUACAUUACGAUCAUGACAAAGACGGUACACAUACUCAACUGGGUGGAGAACAUACAGGUUGUGAGGCUAAGUUCCGAAAUAAGGAUCGUGAGACGCAAAUACUUAUACGAUAUGUUGGUGACACUUUGUCGAUUUUCACGGAUAUUGCUGGUAAUUACGAGUGGAGCUUAUGCUUUAGUGUGAACAAUGUGCAACUUCCUACUGGCUAUUACUUUGGAAUAAGUGCUGCUACUGGUGACUUGUCAGACAAUCAUGAUGUUAUUGGAGUGAAAAUGUUUGAACAAGAAUUUGCUCAUGUCGAUCGUGCGGGGGAGACGAAUCGCAGGGACAUCGUUCCUCAGGCGGAAUUCAAAGCUGCACCUCGUGAUCACAUCGAAGAUCCACGUCCGUCGAAGCUCGGGUGGUUUGGAACUAUAAUGCUUGUUAUUGUCGGCAUUGUUGUCCUAGUUGGAGGCCUUGGAUUUGGAGGAGGGGUGCAACAAGCGGGUGAACUAUCUUUUCAUCUUGUGCGACACGUUCAAGGCCAUCCAGACCACACGUGCACACGCAUCGCAUCGCAUCCUCAACGUCGCAACAUGACCGCCGAAUGUAAAUGUAAUCGUUGGGUGGUCAGUGUUCAAAAAGCUUUCGAAAAUGAUCAGUUCGAGAUGCAUUAUCGAAAAGCUGUUCAAUGCAUAACAGCGGAAGAUUUCGCCGAUAUCGCAAAGAAACAACAUCGAGAGGAUGUACUUCAGUGCAUCAUUGGUCGACUUUUUCUACGACAUGCAACACAUUUGUUCACAGGUACACCAUGGGAGGAAAUCGAAUUUGGACGAACAGAGAAAGGAAAACCGUAUUUGAUUAAUCCACCAAAUACUACGUUCGGUUUAAAUAUUACUCAUCAGGGUGAUUAUGUUGGAUUUGCUAGCAGUUGCACCUCAAAAAUUGGAGUCGAUCUUAUGCGACUGGACAAAGAAAGAGCAGGAAAAACAGCUGAUGAGUACAUAAAUUCUAUGGCAAAAUCUGCAUCUCCGGAUGAGUUGAAAAUGAUGCGAGGACAGCCAACAGAAGCGAUGAAAAUGACAAUGUUUUAUCGUUACUGGUGCCUCAAAGAAGCUAUACUCAAGGCUACAGGUGAUGGAAUUCUGGACGAUCUAAGUAGGAUCAAUUUCCAAGUUGAUAUGAGUGAUCGGUAUAGGCCAGGAUGCUUUGUUACUUCAACAACGGUUCUUCUGGAUGGGAAACUACAGAAUCAAUGGAUUUUUGAGGAAACAUUCGCCGACGGAAACCAUGCAGCAGCUGUCUGUAAGGAAAAAGCCUUACCGCGAUGGUGUGUGUUUAAAAGGGAUCCUGAUGCAAAAAUCUUCUUCUCAAAGAUACCAUUUGCAAACUUGCUCGAGCAUGCAGUUAUCCUGAAUCCUCUUCCCAAUGACGGUCUCGAAGCGUACGAUGAGUUCAUCAAGAAACCACGAAAAACAUUUUGA